AUGGUGCAGACAGCAACUCAUCCAUGCCUUCUUAUCUUGUUAAGCCCUUGUCCAAGACCUCACAUCAAUCCUUCACAGACGGGUACUAAGUCACCUAAGGGGAAGAGCAGGUCUGGCAAAGAAGGGAAAGGGGCAGCAGCUUCUGGAAGUGAUGGUGCAGAUAAGAAGACUCAGGGUCCUAAAGGUGGUAGAAAUGCAGUAAAGGUCCGACAUAUUCUGUGUGAAAAGCAUGGUAGAAUCAUGGAGGCCAUGGAAAAACUCAAGUCUGGAGUGAGAUUCAAUGUAGUUACCUCUCAGUACAGUGAAGUUAAAGCCCAGCAGGUGGGAGAUUUGGGCUGGAUGACAAGAAUCUCCAUGGUGGUCCCAGUCCAAGAAGGAGCAUUUGCCUUGCCCAUUAACGGCCUGGACAAGCCUGUGUACACAGAUCCUCCAGUGAAAACCAAAUUUGGCUACCAUAUUAUCAUGGUUGAAGGGAGAAAAUAA